AUGAUGGCUGCGACAGACGCUGCGUUUCCCUGCUCCAUCGAGCUGCAGGUUCCCUUCCCCACCGAGCGCCUGGCCUCGACGGCGCUGCAGGCCAUUGGCGUCGACCCGGAGCUAUCGCCGCUCGUCCGUCGGUCGUUGUCCGUCGCGCGGGAUGACCCGCGGGUGCUGCACGUCGACUACCGCGCCACGACGAACCGCAUGCUCCGCGUGGCCGUCAACUCCUUCAUGGACAGCCUGCAGCUCGUCGUGGGUGUCAUGGAGCAGCUGGACGAGAUCCCGUCUUUCGCGCCGCCCGCCCCGAAUUGA